CACCACCACCACCACCGAAGAUCGCAGCCGUUGUUGGACAGCUUCAGAAAACCGGUUUGGCAGGCAACACCCCGUCAUCGCCGUGGCACAGACACAGACAGACAGCAUGGAGUUGCCCUCUGUCGCAGAUGGUGCUGUAAGCCAUACACAGCUGUCCUGGAUAUAUAACCUCGACAAGCAUCAUGCCGUGUAUUCCGUCUGAACCCAGCAUUUCCAACAAGCAUCUCCAGCAGAAACAACCUUAAACUCGUGCCAAAGCAAAAAGCUUGGCUCCUUUAUUCUCAACCUCCAUCCAUAACUCCACAUUUUUACACAUACAACUACCCACCCACCAGUCAACAUGCCUCUCUUUGGUAGCCGCAAGGAAGCUCCCCCUCCGGAGCCCAUCCCCGAGAAGCACCACUCGGGCCUCUUUGGCAGCCGCCGCCGCUCCGUAUCUCCUGUCUCCUCGCACCGCACCUCGUCGUCGACCUUCCGCACCUCGACCAGCUCGAACCGCCACUCGGGCGACCUCGCCUCCAGCCACCGCUCAUCGGGCUCCGUCCUCCACCGCUUCGGCACCCGCCAUGGCGACAUCGACCCUUCCAUCAGCCAGGCCCGUGACCGCGUCAUCAACGCCGAGCGGGCAGAGAAGGAGGCCGACCGCGCCCUCGAGGCCGCCCGCCUCCAGGUCCGCGACGCCCGCACCCACGUCAAGAACCUCGAGCACGAGGCUGCCGAGGAGAGCCGCCGCGCAAAGGUCAAGCAGUACCACGCAAAGGAGAUGUCCAAGCGCGGGAAGCACCUUGGCCGUCACGGCUUGUAAGCCUGUUCUUGUAUGACAUUGCAGGCAAAGGUUCCGCUUUUGUCCAAGGGUAGAAUGCCGGGGACCAUUCUGAGAAUCUGUAAAGAUAUCCUUUUGUAUUUUUUGGGUUCAUGAGCGAAGCGUUUCUGUUUUACACACGAUGAAAUGAAAUACAAAACAUCAUUGCCUCUACA